CAAAACAUGAAGUUGGUAAACACAGUGCAGAUCACUGUACUCAAGUACAGGUGGUAUUAUAUAAGAUUCCAGCGACGGAAAAAUUUAUCAAGUCUGAAGUUAAUCAAAUGUGUUGACCCUUUGUUGGUUAAAGUGGAAUCUUGUCUGGAGCGUUUUGGUGACCUAUCUAUUGACGGCAAUGUAGAGCGAUAUCUAACGGCAUUGUCCUCCAAAUCUUGGAACACAGUAUACCCGAACGAAAUACGGAAACCAAAGUCCUACAAAUCUUCUAGAAGAGGAUAUUAGUUCACCGCUCGCGUUGGCUCAGUGGUUAAAGCGUUAGGAGGUCGUGAGCUUGAGCUCCGCUCGUACAUAACAUAAUAAACCUGAGUUCCCAAGUGACAACGUUCCUAGCUACAUGUAACUGGUCAGGAUGAUGAUGUGAUAAUUGAGGCACUUCAUGUAAAACUGGUAACGUCUCAAUAUUAUCGAGCUGCCAUACAUCGUACAUUUUGUGUUGUCCGCUGAUUCGUGGAUCUCGUCAUUAGGACGAACGUUUUCUGACAAGAGCCAAUAUUGAACAUCAAAUUCUAAAAUGGAAUCGCUAAACAUACUACUGGAAGACGUCAUCGAUAAAUGUGGAGGAUUCGGAAGAUUUCAAUGGACAGUGGUCAGUGUCGCCAUGCUCAGCAAGGUGGCCUGCGCGUGGGGAAUUCUGAUGAUGCAGUUUGGCGGCGCCACCCCUGACUGGUGGUGUCAAUGGACGAACGAUUCCGCCAUUGAAUCUACAGCGAACAAUGAGAGUAGGCUUUUAGAAUUCUAUCAGGCAUGUUCACUCCCCGGGAAUGGGUCGACGCCAUUACAUUGUUUCAGUGUCCGGUUUUCCAACGACAUGAACACUGUGGUCAAUGAGUGGGGGUUAAUCUGUGACAAGGACUGGGUGACCUCUACCAUUACAACAAUCCAGAUGGGGGGUCUAUUGGUCAGCGGUAUCCUGGCUGGUCAGCUCUCGGACACGUUUGGAAGAAAACCGACCUUUGUCCUCUCCUUGCUCAUAAUGACGAUAUCGAAUUUGAUUGCUGCUUUCUCAAUUUCCUGGGAGAUGUUUGCUGUACUUCGAUUUCUGAUCGGGUUAGGGAGCGGAAUAUACCUAGCAACGAUGUAUAUUUACAUGAUCGAGUUCAUCCCCAAGAAAUACCGUCCGAUGAUCACAGCUUUUCCCGCGUUUCCGAUUUUUGCGGCGAUGUUUGGUUUGAUGGCUUGGUGGCUUCGAGAUUGGAAGAACCUUCAUUAUGCGACUACGAUUGUUACUGCCUCUACACUGCUGAGCACUCUAGUUAUACCAGAAAGCUUCCGUUGGCUGGCCUCCCGUUACAAAGUGGAGAAAUCUAUGGAGGUAAUAAAAAAAGUGGCUCGAACCAACAACAGAGAGGUGCCCGAUCUGACCAAACUACAGGAUGUCAUCUACAAGUCCGUGGGUGAAUCGAAUAAGAAAUUUACGCUCAUUGAUAUAUUUCGCCAUGGAAACUUUCUUCAAACGUCAUGUCUUUUGAUGUUUUGUUGGCUGUCAUGUGGGUAUUCAUACUACGCCAUAACAUUUGGUGUGGGCCAGUUAUCCGGAAGCCUCUACGUCAACAUGUUUCUUCUAAGCGUCGUGGAAAUACCAGGAACCCUCAGCUCUUGGUAUCUCAACAACAGGAUCGGGCGACGUUGGACGUGCUGUCUGCUGUUUAUGAUUGCUGCGGUGGCUGGGCUCGUGGCAGCCACCCUACAAAUAGUGGACGUCCCAGACAAGGCGAGCAUGAUCACAGGAUUCUCCCUGGCGGCCAAAUUGGGAGUGUCGGCGGCAUGGCCAGCUCUUAUGACGUACACUACUGAACUCUAUCCCACAGUGAUUAGAAACAUUUCGUACGGAUUUCUGAGUUCAGUGUCACGUGUUGGAGCAAUGAUUGCCCCUCAAAUUGUUCACUUGAACACCAAGGUUCCAGGACUGCUCUAUUUUCUGUUUGGGGGCUCAAUGUUUUUAUCUGCUAUUAUUUCGCUCAUGUUUCCGGAGACGAAAGGCAAGGCUUUGGAAGAUCAAAUUCAGACAAAGAACAUUGAUUUCAAAGAAACUGAGAAAACAAACAAGAACGAGAAUGGGAUUUAAAAAAAUGUUCAGAAAUAAAGAGAUAAGAAAUUUUCAUUUUC